GCGAGGCCGAGCGGGCGGGGGGCGGCGGGCAGUGCGAGCGGGGCGGCUGCCGCAGCCCCCCGUGUUCCGGCCUGGCCAUGGAUUUCCACAACAUUCUCGUGAUGGCCUCGGAGCAGCAGGGGCUGAACGCGGUGCCGAAAAGGUACAGUUUGGCUGUUGGGCCUCCCAAAAAAGUUCCCAAAGUCAAGGGUGUAGAGUCUGCAGCAGUGCAAGCAUUUCUCAGACGGCAAGAAGAAGAAAAGAGAAAAAAAGCACUGGAAGAAAGAAGGAAGAAAGAGCAGCUCUUGGCGAGGCGUAUUGAACUGAAACAUGACAGAAAGGCAAGAGCUAUGGCCUCACGAACAAAGGAUAAUUUUUAUGGCUAUAAUGGUGUUCCUGUUGAAGAGAAGCCUAAAAAGAGGAGGGCUUGUGAGAAUGUUGCUCAGGCCUCAGAGGCUGAGUAUGCAACAGAAGAUGAAACUGAGCAACUUGAAUACAGUCAGACGGAAUCUGAGCAUGAGCAAGAAGAGUAUGAAGAGAAGCCAUCCAAAGCUGCAGUGAAACCAAAGGCACCUCCCAAAAGUGCACCAGCACCUCUGAACUUUGCAGAGCUCUUGAGGCUUGCUGAAAAGAAACAAUAUGAACCGGUGGAAAUAAAACCAGUGAAAAAGGUAGAAGAGAGGCCCAGAACAGCAGAAGAAUUGAGAGAGAGGGAGCUUUUGGGACGCAAAAACAAAAAAGUAGAAAUGCAUAAGAAAAGUGAGAAGGAGAUUAAGCCUACAGGGAUAUCCAGUUCUUCAAAAAAACUGUCUUCUCAAAAAGCAUCUGUAAACACAAAACAAAAUAAAAGCUCCGUAGAUAAACAUUCCACAUCUAAAAGCAGUCUAUCGCUUUCUAUGGGUAGUAUUGAUAAGAAAUCCAAAACACCAGCAUUGACUGAAAAACACCCACGGUCGUCAUCUUCUUCCAGACUUGAUCAAAUGGAAAAAACCUCACAAAAUGGUUCCUUAAAAAGCUCUACUGGUAGCAGUCAUAAUAAAUUACCUGUCAAUGGUAUGAGAAAGUCUGGCUCAGGUUCUCACGUGCCACCCUCAAAACCCACGGCCAAUGGGGCUCAGAGAAUGCCAUCUGUGAAAGAAUCCAGCCUGAAAAAGUCUGUCCAUGCAAAACCAGGAAAACCUGUGGCUCUUCAACAUGGAAUCAACUCCAAUGCAAAACGAUCUGGCAGCAGCUUAGGAAAAGGAGGACCUGGACAUCCCGGUGGUGGUUCAAGUGCAGGACCGGGACGAUCAAGCAGCAAUUCUGGCGUGGGACCGGGAAGGCCAGGAAGUGGUUUAAGCUCAGGACCUGGGCGGCCGGGCAGCAGCUCAAGCACGGGACCUGGGCGGCCUGGCAGCAACUCAAGCACGGGACCUGGGAGGCCUGGCAGCAGCUCAAGCACAGGACCUGGACGACCGGGAGGUGGCUCAGGCGUGGGACCGGGAAGGCCGAUGAGCAGCUCGAGCACGGGACCUGGGCGACCAGGCAGCAGCUCAGGCGUGGGACUUAAGCGACCAGGCGGCAGCUUGGGCACUGGACCGGGAAGGCCGGGCAGCAGCACAAACAUAGGACCAGGGCGGCCAGGCAGCAGCCUGGGAACAGGACCAGGAAGGCCAGGAAUCAGUCCAAGCACAGGAGCCAAGCGACCAGGCAGCAGCUUGGGCACUGGCCCAGGGAGGCCGGGCAUCAGCACAAGUGCAGGAUCUGCACGACCAGGCAGCAGCCCAGGCACAGCUGUGAAACCCAAGUGUACUGUUGUGUCAGAAACCAUUUCUUCUAAAAACCUCGUCACAAGACCUAGCAAUGGACAGAUGAAUGGAAUGAGACCUUUUCCAGGGCAUAGACCUGUUCUUCAUCCACAAGGUCUUGGAAGACCACCUAUUAGUUACAAAAGACAAAUAGAAGAUGAUGAUGAUGAUGAAUAUGACUCUGAAAUGGAUGACUUCAUUGAAGACGAAGGGGAACCUCAAGAAGAAAUAUCAAAACACAUUCGGGAAAUAUUUGGCUAUGACCGGAAAAGGUACAAAGAUGAAAGUGAUUAUGCCUUACGUUAUAUGGAGAGCAGCUGGAGAGAGCAACAGAAAGAAGAAGCUAGGAGCUUGAGACUCGGUGUUCAGGAAGACUUGGAAGAGCUGAGACGGGAAGAAGAAGAACUGAAACGCAAGAGACAGUCUAAGAAGCUGAGGACACGUUAACUGACUUAUGGUGUUGACUUGGUUCAUGUUUCUGCUCCCCUCUGCCUCCAUACAUCUCUUAUUCUACUUCAGUUUCCAUUUGCUUGUUAGAGGGCAAAAGAAUAUUUAAAGGGAUUAAAGUACUGAAAAGCAAGGCUUUAGCUUGACCUAAAUAAGAUAUUUAUUUUUAAUACUUGCCAGGGUUGGUUUUUUAUGAAGAAAUCAAUGCACUAAUGCAUAUUAAAUGGAAUAAAAUUAAUAGAUGUUUCCAUUGAUUUAACCAGUUCAAGAUGCCAGCAGAAAUAUUGACUAGCUAUGCACUGACUUGGAACUGCGUGGGCCACGUACCAGUAAACCAAUUUUGCAUUCACUUGAAAGUAAGGAAUAGCAUUCUUCUUCCCUGAUAUUUCUUGAGACUUGGAGAGAUUGUUCUAUAUCCUGCCCUGUUUCCCAACCUGAGCCUCAAAGUGUUAAAAUGUCAUCUGUACAACAGUAGCUUGGGUGUAAAUUCAGCCACAGCCCACAGGUGUUUAAGGCAAUAAAGUGCUGCAGAUCUUUAGAACUGAGGACCCAUAAAAAUAAUUUGAACCUCUUUAUUUCUAAACAGAAAAGUGCAUGUCAUUUGCAAACUGUGCAGUGAUGGAUAUGGCCAAAAGAUUAUGUUGGCUUUUGCUGUGUCUGGAAUUCCAGUGCCAGUCUAAUUCAGUAUGAGAAACACACACCCUGGAAACAGAAAUUUCUAGUGUUUGUAUGUAACCUGUGCUUUUGGGCUCAAGCAUAUGCUUGGGAAUUCUUCUCCUGCCCUGUAAAUUUUCAGAUUUAUUUAACAGCUUCUGCUGCUUUACAAACUGUGUUUUUUCUUGCAUUAAACAUCCGAUGGUUAAAUU